UGGUUUUGCCUAGAUAAAAAGGAGGAAAGCCAGUACAGGGAAGGGAAAAUGCUACCCAAGGAAGAAAGAAUAUAAACGGGACCAUAUACAGCCCCCUGCUGAAGAAAAAUGUCACAGCCGCCAAAUAGAAGACCAGAGAACCCCAAAAUAAGCCGAGAACUUUUUGUCCUCACCUACGGUGCCUUGGUGGCCCAGUUGUGCAAGGACUACAAAAGUGAUGAAGACGUGAACAAAUAUUUGGAUACCAUGGGAUACAACAUCGGCAUCAGGUUGGUUGAAGACUUUUUGGCUCACUCUGCGGUAAAGAAGUGCCGGAGUUAUUCUGAAACUGUGGAUGUCAUUGCACAGGUUGCUUUUAAGAUGUAUCUGAAUGUUACCCCAACUGUGACCUGCAGUAACCGAGGGGGAAAUGAGUUCUCCCUCAUUCUGGACAAGAAUCCCUUAGUGGAUUUCGUGGAAGAGCUACCAGCAGGGCGAUCUUCACUUUGCUAUUGCAAUCUCCUAUGUGGUGCCAUUAGAGGGGCUCUGGAGAUGGUACAUCUAGCUGCUGAAGUCAUUUUCCUUCAAGACAUUUUGCAAGGGGACGAUGUGACAGAGAUUGGAAUCAUGUUCUUAAAGAAGACUGAAGCCAAGAAGCACAAAAAGAAAUAAAGGAAACCAGCAGGUGAAGCCACUGCCUAUGGAUAGUUAAUCUUUUGACCCCUUGUACCUUCUUGGAAAGAGAAUCUCCUCAAUCAAGAAAAGGCCAAUCCACAAAGGAUAGACUGUGGGUGGAUCGCUUUUGGGAUCAGGCUGUGCAUGCCAUAAAGGUUUGUUAUGGGGAGCAAAUUUGUUUCUACGAGCCAAGAUCAUUAUAAACGAUACUUCCCAGCGGAUCAGCAAGAGCCGAGACCCAGGUGUUUACAGGCAUCCCUGCUCCUCAACAAUAUCCCUGCAUGUUUCAGUUAUGAGAUGGAUCUCUGUUUCCUUUGCUUCCACCACAGGGGAAGCUCAGGCUUUCCCGAGGUCUGAGGUGGGAAGAAAAGCGCGCACACACACCCAUUGCAACAGUUGGGACUAGGGAUCCAUCAUACUGGAAACACUGUACCCGAUGGCGGCAGCAUCUUCCAUGUCAAAGCACAAAUGAUUAUUCUGGAACACUUGCCUACAAUGCCUGAUUCUGAAAACUCCUCAGAAACAGGCACUUUGUAAAUAGCGCAGAGCAGCAGUGGCUCUCCUGAGCGGCAGGAGCCCCAUCCCUUCCAUCUGGGAUGAUGGCCUCAUUCUGGUUUAAGAUUAGGGCUAGCCCAGUUCAACCAAGAGGUUGUAUAAAGGCUAUGAGAAGCAUGGUUGCCAGGCAGUAGAACUCAUACACUGAACUGAGAACAGAUGAAAUUAUGUGGAAAUGAACAGGAAUUUUCAAAGCAGAAGAGACACGUAUGUCCACUUGAGUGCAUAUAGAUUUUUAGAUUGUGGCUUCCUUUUCUUUUACAGGCAGAGUUCUUUUUAAAAAAAACCACCAAAAAGGCUAAUAUUUCCACUUAAUCAGAGAAAAGGUCACUUUGGGUAAAUGUUUCAUUUAAGCAUUCAUUGACAGAAAUCCAGUAGUGUAACGUAUACCACAUAAACCUGAUGACAUCCUCAGCUGUGAUGAUAUUUUUGGAAAUUAAAACCUUCUGGUUCUACCCCUACACAAAGAUCCUUGAGCUCCCAGGAGGCCACUGGACCCUUGGCAUCAGUAAAACCAUCCCUGAAGAGGUGGUUUUGGGGAGUUAAAGACUCCUCUUCCUAUACUGCAGUCUCCAAUGGCUUCCCUGACAGGAAAGUGAGCCCAAGGGAACCUAGGGACCUUUGGGAUGAGAGGUUUAAAAAGUUUUGAUUUCUGAAAAGCCACAGAGGCUGAUGAGCUCUAAGCAACAGGAUUUCAGCCACUGAGUGUGCUUAGAGAUAGACCCAACCUGGCACAUGAGCUCAGUCCAGAUGCUCUCCUUGUAGUCCCUUCCACGCUGGUUUUGACAGGGCUGGAAAUCUGCCAGGAGCUUCUGUUAUUUUCCCAUCCCCUCCUCUUCUCCUCUCACGUGCUGUGGUCUGUUCCUUUCCCAGUUUUCAUUCUUGCAACAUCUGAUUUGGACAACUUUGGCAGUUGCUUGGCAUUUUGUUUUGGAAACAUUGCUAAUCAUAGUUUGCCCAGCACUGGCAAAAUGAUCAAGAAUGUAAAUCCACAAAGACAAUCCACCAAGUGAGAGAAGGGAAUCCAUGCACAGGAGGAGAAAGAAGUGAACAAAUCAUAUGAAGAUCCUUCAUCCUCAAACAGAAGUGUGAGAUCUGAAUUGAGCCUCUAAGUAAAUUUCAGCAAUUUUCAAUAUAAUGUGAAAUCUGUUUGGCAGUUU